AUGGCGAUCGUGGCCGUGCUCGUCGCGCCCACCGCGAGCUCCGUCGGGCCGCGUCGCCGUUGGCGCGCCGCGGCAGCCUCGUCUUCGGCGGCCUCCGAGGUGGACCUCAAAGCGCUGCAGGCCGCCAUCGACAAGAAAAGCAGCGAUGAUGUUAAGGAGGCGCUGGACCAGCUGAGAGAGCUCGGAUGGGCCAAGCGUUGGAGCUCGCAGCCCUACGUGUCGCGUCGCACGACAUCUCUGCGGGAGCUCACUACCCUUGGAAUCAAGAAUGCUGAGAAUUUGGCGAUUCCAAGUGUUAGAAAUGAUGCGGCAUUUUUGUUUACAGUUGUGGGUACCACUGGAUUCUUAGCCGUCCUUGCAGGCCAGCUCCCUGGGGAUUGGGGCUUCUUUGUUCCCUACUUGAUUGGAAGCAUUUCAUUGAUCGUAUUGGCUGUCGGAAGCGUUGCUCCAGGUCUUCUGCAAGCAGCAAUUGGAGCGUUUUCUACGGUCUUUCCUGACUACCAGGAGAGAAUUGCUAGGCAUGAAGCUGCUCACUUCCUAGUCGCCUAUUUGAUUGGCCUCCCUAUCCUUGGAUAUUCUUUGGACAUCGGAAAGGAGCAUGUUAAUUUGAUAGAUGAGCAGUUACAAAAGCUAAUAUACAGUGGGCAGCUUGAUGGAAAGGAACUAGACAGGUUAGCUGUAGUUUCAAUGGCAGGACUGGCUGCUGAAGGUCUAGAAUAUGACAAAGUUGUAGGUCAAUCAGCAGAUCUUUUCACCCUUCAGAGGUUCAUAAACAGAACUAAGCCGCAACUAAGCAAAGAUCAGCAACAAAACCUUACCAGAUGGGCAGUCCUGUUUGCUGCAUCACUUCUGAAGAACAAUAAAGCAGCCCAUGAAGCGCUAAUGUCAGCGAUGUCCCAAAAAGCAAGCGUGUUGGGGUGCAUUGAAGCAAUAGAGAAUGCCUACUAA